CGUCGCAAUCUCUGAAAAAACUUUACGCCAUAGGACAUAUUCUAAACCAUUUAUUUAUUAAAUGUUUAAAAUCUUAAUUUUUAGGGCAUAUAUACCAAUUAACAUUUGAGUUUUACUACUGGGUAAACUGUUCGAGAAGGAUUAGUACCGUCACAUUCAGUUGUUCUACUGAAUAAGGAACCAGAAAGACAAAUUACGCCGAACUAUGCUUACUCAAGUUGCAGGAAGUGCACAGAGCAUGAGAUCCGCUGAACGUACCAAGAGAUGUAUCCGUAUCACAGCAUGGGCCACACGAAUUCUAGCUUUCCUCAGCAUCGUGUUUUGUAUUGUGGCGUUUGUGACAACAGGAGGAUUGCAGUUUGGAAUUUGCAUGAUAAUCACAGCUAUCCUUAGUGUUAUGAGCCCGUUAAACUUCAGUUGUUGCUGCUACUCGGAUUGUUCAAGAAACACAAAGCCUGAGAAAGUAAUUGGACAUUGCAGUGUCUAUGUUUGGAUGUUCAUAAGCAACAUGUUCUACAUUAUACUAUUUGGUAAUAGCUGGUACUUUUGGUCAACCUCAAGAGAAAUCUACGUUGAUUACAGGGAUGAAAAUUAUUAUGACGAAUAUUCAUCACAAUAUCGCUCAAACUACUCCGAUUCCUACCCGAACCACAACAUAGCUUUACUGGACACACUAUUUGCAUUUACGCUGAUCAUCACGUUCUUCCUUUCGAUGUUGAACCUUUACUCGUUUUGUCUAGUCUACAAGUACGGUUGUUGCUUCAUGAGGGAAGUCGAAAGGUAUGACUCUGAGCAAGGGGUUGAGACGGCAGUCGUGAUGAAUCAACAGAUAACUACUGUUGGAGGAGGUCUUCCGGUUAACGGUUUGAUGUUCACAAAUGCUGCAGUAGGUGGUCAGCAACCGUUUACCAGCCCUGGAUCACAGUACCCUCAAUACCAGCCGAACACUUCCGGACCGUAUUGCAUGUAUUCCCCUCCCCAGCAAGCUAUUGGUGUUACAAGUGACUCGGUGGGUGUGACCUUUACAUCGACAAUGGCGACAACGAGUGGAAAGCCUGUCAGCCCUCCGCCAUACGCUGAAGCCAAUUUGAAUGUUAAACAAUUGCUCUGAUCGAAUUAAAACCAUAGCUUCUAGCGAUAACUCAUCAUCGCAUAAGCCAAUUACAAUGAUAGAACUUAAAAAAACAACAACAAACAAAUCUGAUCCUUAUGUCGCAACCAAUGUGAUGUCAAAUUUAUAGAUCUGUAUUAUUUCAUAAUAUUCGUGUAUACGUGACUUAUUUGUGAAAUGUAUUAAUAUAUGUCCAAAACAUAUAAGUCAACCGAUAUGUUGAAUAGUUCUCUAAGAAUACAAGUAGCGAUGUUUUGUUAUUUUCAAAGCUUUAUAGAGCUUAAGUUGCAUUCUGACUUUACACUUCAAAAAUAGCAUUUUCCGAUGUAUAUAUUUUAAAAUGACAUGAAAACACAUUAAUAGUAACAUGGCCACACGGUUUAAAAGUAACAAGCGAACACAUUGCUUAUAUACACCUGUAUCUUUCACCAAUUUUCCUUUUCUAUUCAUGUAUGAAGUAUAAACUAUAUUCAGAAUAUAUUAAGCAGAUAAGUUUUAUUUGUAAAGUUUCCUUUUUUUAAUAUUGUUUUUGCUGUUCUCAGGCUCUAUUUUUAAAGUAGUUUCUGCAUGUUCCCCAAUGAGGGAUACCGAAGAUAUAUUUGCUUGAUAUAAAAGGUCAACGAUGUCAAGAAUGUAUACUAUUAUUUUUAUCCUUAACUUAUACUCUUGAAAGAAUAACCGGUUUACAGUGGUAUGUAACCUGGCGGAACCAUGUGGACUGGCCAUACAGCGUGGUAAAUAAUUUGGUGUUCUCAUUGUAAACAGUGUUCUAAUCCAUUUUACCUUUGUAUAUUUGUCUGCAUGAAUAUAAUAACAAACGUUGUUUUUUUGUAUAUGGUUUUCCAAUAUGUAAUCUCUUUUAAAACUUUAUGCUCUAAUUUCCAGGUCACCGGUUCAUUGUUAUGGUUUGUUCUGUUAUUUAUGUUUGUUAUUCAUCUCUCAAAGUAGCUCAUGUUUUUUGUUAGCAUAUGCCCGGCUUUAAAUAAAGAUUAUCGUAUCUUGUAUCUUGCAACAAAAAAUACAUGCCACACAGAAACAAACACAGAGACCCUUAACGUCACAAGACAGUGAAGCGUUUGUUUUCUUUGAGUAGUCGAAUCUUAUUUUAUUAAUUGAUAUAAUUUUACUUUCUUGCAACAAAGUUCAUGUUGAUUCAAAAGGGGGUCAUAUUACAUUUGUUUGCAUUUACUGAUGGUAUAAAGUUAUAAACUGAUAUGGCAGGUAAGGCGGACUUCUAUCAAUCGAGUGGGCAGAUUAAACUUCUAGUUUGAUAAUGUUUGUUUUCACCUAUCACGGAUUUCCAUUGUUAAUUUCAAGGCAGUCAUACUGAAAUAUCCGUAUAAUGAUAUUUUGUAGGGAUGCAAACGAAUAUUCUAAUAUUCGAACAUUCGAUCAAACGUUUGGUAUUCGAAUGCCAAAAUCAGUAUUCGAAUAUUCGUAAAAUAAGUUCAAUAAAGAGAAUAAAAAAGCUUUUGCCUAAAACAC